GUGGUGUUGUGAGCCCCGUUUUGGUAUAGGCGUCUAUGAAUCUUACUUCUUAGGUGGCCUUAGGUUUCCUUUAAAUGCCUUCGCUAGAGAGUUAUUAGUUAAGUUAGGUUUAGGUGUUUGUCAAUUCAAUCCUAACGCAUGGAGACUAAUUAUCUCCAUGCAAAUUUUGUGGAGGGAAGUUUUUGGUAGGGACCGUCCUCUUACAGUGGACGAGUUCCUUUAUUGUUAUAAACCUUCUGCCAUAAGUCAAUCUGAAGGUUUUUAUCAGUUUACUGCUAGAGGGAAUGAUUGUAGGUUGAUCAAAUCCCUAGCUUCGUCUGAUAGGAAAUGGAAGACGGAGUUCAUUUUUGUUUCAGGCUUCUGGGCAGGGAACCCUGUGGACGUUGGCAGGGAUCCCUUUCCCCCUUACACUGGGGACCUAGGGAACCUUCGUCCAGAAGCUGCCAAACGUCCGUCUUUGAGCAAAUUUCACCGCGACCGCGUCCACAGGGCUCGUCUACAUACAGACAGGAGCUUUCGUUCUCUUGUCACGCUUAGACGUCUAGCCAAGUGGGGUUUAGGUCCUGAGCCUUCAGACGAAGCUAUCGCCCACGAAGUUACUGUGCGAAAAAGAAUGUCAACAAUGAAAGAGAACAGAGGGAAGGAGAUUGCAGGAGAGGGGAAACGUCCUGAGAGUCAGACCCAGGAUCGUCCUGAGGGUCAGACACGUCCAUUGGCUGGGGACAAAAGGAAGUUCUUGCCAAAAAACAUUGACUUGGAAGGGCUCCCCAGUCGUAGAGACAAAAGGGUUAAGUCAGGCUCGUCCAAGGUGGUCAAGUCCAAACCUCCCCAGUCCCAGCCUGCCGCCCAGAUAGUUGAUGUGGACUCGUCCACUCCAGUGGAGUCCACGCCGUCCAAGACUCCACCCAGAACUCCUUUGGCCAAGUCUACCACGCCUGGCUCGUCCCAGCCUUCUACGAGCAUUAUUGAGAACGAAGACCUGGCUUGGGAACGUUUCCAGAUAGCUGUCAAGGACGAGGAUAUAAACAUGUGCUAUAACAUGGGCUUGAAGGAAUUUGAGCAUUCAGGCGUCCAUGACCUCUUCAAGGUAUGCCAGUAUCUCUCAUCCUUAUUUGGUUAGCCACUUUUCCUUAUUUAAUCACUCUAUGUUGCU